UAGUGAAUGCAGAGUCCGGGGAGACCAGAUAUAGUGAAUGCAGGGUCCGGGGAGACCAGAUAUAGUGAAUGCAGGGUCCGGGGAGACCAGAUAUAGUGAAUGCAGGGUCCAGGGAGACCAGAUAUAGUGAAUGCAGGGUCCGGGGAGACCAGAUAUAGCUGGUGCAUGAGGGAUUGGCAGCGAGAAGUAAACAAACCCAGAAGGCUGUGGGCAUGCAUGCAAUGUAAAUGUACAUCUGGGGACAGUGGGUAGACUAACAGAGGGGGGGGCGGGU